AUGAUGGAAAAUCGAGAAAGGAAGCCGGCAAUAAACUCAGUGAAUGACAUUCAACUAGAACUACUCAAAAUAUUGUAUAAUUUGCCACCGGAUUUUGAAGCCGAAGUGAAAAAUGCGGAGAAAAGAAGUGGUGUCAAAAGAGAACAUUUUGUUUAUGGCUUAUCAGCUUUUUUGGCUGUAUAUAUGAUAACUGGCAGUGAAGCUGGUCUCUUGUGCAAUAUCAUCUGUUUUACUUAUCCAGCCAUUGCUAGCAUUCAGUGCAUCUACUGCAUGUAUUUGUAUUUGCCACAAACAGAAGGUAUAAAUAUCAUGGAGGAAAAAGUCAUUCUACCGGCAUUGCAAAAAUUUGCUAAAAGUCGAGCAGGAAAAGCUCCAUAA